ACUGUGUGCGCGCUGGUCACGCGGCCGGGUGUUGACACUUCCGGGUGGGACCAAAGUGAGGCGGCUGGGCAGGGGCUGGCAGGUUCCGCGACAACCAUGGCGUAUAACGGCCUCACGGUGCCUCUCAUCGUGAUGAGCGUGUUCUGGGGCUUCGUCGGCUUCUUGGUACCCUGGUUCAUCCCUAAAGGUCCCAACCGGGGAGUUAUCAUCACCAUGCUGGUAACCUGUUCAGUUUGCUGCUAUCUCUUUUGGCUGAUUGCAAUUCUGGCCCAGCUCAACCCUCUCUUCGGACCACAGUUGAAAAAUGAAACCAUCUGGUACCUCAAGUAUCAUUGGCCUUGAGGAGGAAGACGUAUUCUCCAGCGCUCAGUCAUUGAGGUCACGAAGAGAAUUCCUCUAGAUGCAAAAUCAACUCCAAACCCAGAACACCUCUGACUCGCCUGUGUUGGCCAUCAGCUGCCUUAAACAUUCACACCACGUUUGAAUAUCUCCUUCUACAAUGCAGUAUUUUCUCCUGUCACCUUUUUUACAUUUUGAUGAAUUAUGUGCCUACUUAACCUAAACUGUGCUGGCUCUGUAAAAUGUCUAUGCACUCUUCUGAGAUAGGAGGCGCUGUACUUCUGAGAAACGUGCUGCUCUCUCCUUGGAGCCUGUGCAUUUGGAGACCACUCCUGCCUGGUCACAACAUGGGAAUCUGCGAAGUGUUUAAAAACUGUCGCAAGACCGGUAGAGUCAAGUGGGGCAGUCCGUAGGAGAGCACGUUCAGAGGGAAUAUCUGUGCUAACAGAAUUACACCAAAGUAUAUUUUCAGGACGACUUUCUUAUUUCUGCCAUCUAUUGGAAUAAAUUAUUUUUCUGCUUUCUGUGGAAA